CCUACUUAAUAAGUUUUAUAUUUGAUCAAAUGAAAAGUAUACAUUGCUUAUUCUAUUCACUAGCACUAAAUGUUGAAGACUGUAGAAAAAAUAUGAAAAAUGAUUAGUUUAAACACUUUUAGAAUGUUUUAAUUUGUGUGAAAAAUGUAACAAGUUGUAAUAAAUUUUACCACAAAUAAAAAUGCACAUGAAAAAUAUGUCCUCUCUCCACUGAUCACGAGCUACUUGCAUGCAAGUUUGAAAGCAAGUCCAUUUUCUAGGCGCUUCGAACUCAAUGCGCGCCCAUUAGAACGCGCGUUGCCACUAGCAACGACUACGCAAACGAAGUUCCGCUUGUUGUUCUGGUUCCGCGUGGCCUCCAAGUAAACAGCAUGAAAGAACCUUCCGGCGAUGGCGAAAGCUUCUUCCAUCUAGCGGUAACGGGCCAACUGGAAUCGGCGUACUUUCCAAUGGGUCCCGACGGUAGUAGCUUGUUCUGCCGGUAUGACAUCGUGGCUGGACCGGACUGGGAGUUGGUGUCCGGGAUGCGGUCUGGAAUUACGCAGAGUGCCCAACCGGAAGACGACUACCGGACGGUGGUGUUCAAUAUGCCGUUGGAGUUUACGAUGAAGUCCACGAAUCCGCACGGCUGGCCGCAGGUUGUGUUCAGUUUGUACGGAAACAACUUUUGGAACGUCGAGACGAAUCGGGGCUACGCGAGGAUACACUGCCCGCUGAGUGGGAUGAAGCGAACGGUGAGGGCGCCACUGUUUGUGCCCAAGUUUAGCAACAUUUGGUCGGCGGCGAUGAGCUGGCUGACGGGCGUUAAUCCGGAAAUGCGUGAUCCCAAGAUUUUGGCGGAUGGAUCGAAGCACAAGGGGCUGGCGUGCGAGAGUUACGGCGAAUUGGUGGUCAGUUUGCAGGCGAUUUCGCGAGGAUGCAGCCGGAUGGGCCUCGAUUGGGGACAGUCUUACGAUUAGGCUGAGUUGUGUAAUUCCUUUACCAAUAAAGAUUAUCUUAUACUUGCAGUAGAGUUGGUUCA